AUGUUCGCUAAGUGCUUUGCCGCCGUUCUCCUCUGCGCCACGAUCAUGGGAUCUCAUCAACAAGUGGUUGUACCAGCCUACUCUGCAGCCUACUACCCAUCAGCAUAUGCUUAUCCAUCAGUAUAUUCUCCAUAUGUUUCUGCCUAUCCAUCAGUCUGGGCUUGGGGAUCCAACAAGAACAAGGAUGAUGCUCCACGUGCAUUCUCUAGACCAUCUCUCAUCAACAAGCCAAGUGCUUGA